UUUUUUAAAAAAAAAAAAAUUACUAAAACCCUAAAUCCUUAAACGUGAUUUCUUCACUGUCUCGAUAAUUCAAAGAAGCCCCAGACCCCGACUCCCUCGUCUCCUUCCUCAAACGAGAUUUCUUCACUAUCUCGAAUUUCCAGCAAACUACUCGCAACGAGUUGCAGAAACAAGGGUUGCUAGAGAACUAGAGAUAUCUCUCUUUUCCUCCCUCUAAUUCUCUUCUCCAGGUUUUCUUCUAAUUUUUUUCUUUUCGUUUUCAUGAAGCCAUUUACUGAUUUAGUAUGAGAUAAGAUCUGAAAUGGGGGUAUCCUAUUUUUUUAACUUAUUAUUGCUUUAAAUUUUGUGAGAGUGGAGCCAGCCGUGAUUAGUGGUGAUGUUCUGCCUUUUUGUGCUCUACAUAUUACUUAUUAUUCCUUUCAUUCAACUAUUAUAUAAUUAGAGGCUUAUAUGCUUGAUAAUUAAGAUAAUGACUGCCCACUAUAUACAUGGAUAUGCUUGCUGAAUGCAAGAAGAAUUCUAGUGGCAUGUUGAAUGCUUAAGAAACUUUUUGAAAAUAUCAAAUAUCAUCUUGCACUUUGGAAUUAUAUGAUAAUAUUAUAAUUGUUAUUUAAAUAUUACGUACGGAAUUUUUGCAUAAAAAAGAUAUAUAUAUAUUUUUAAUUUUAAAAUAAGGGUUAGCGUUAAAAAAAUAAAAAGAUAAUUUGAAAAAGAAUAUGUUAAAAUUUAUAAAGGUAGUUCGAGUAGGAUUAGAAUAUAAUAAAACUAUUUAGAUUACGAUUAGAAUAGUGUCCGUACGUCUAUAUAUAUAUAUAUUAUAUUACAUUACAUUUUGAUAAAAUAGAAGUGAAGAAAUAUUAGCAACUUUAGUAAUAUUAGAGUAAUAUUAGAUAUAAAGAAUUUAGAAAAUUUGAAGAUGGAUAAAUAUGAAGGAGAUUUAGAAGAGAGUUUGCAUUCUUCUCCCUAUUGGAUUAGGGGUUCCAUGCUUGGAAAAGGUGGGUUUGGUUCUGUUUACCUCGCGAGAAUGGUUAAAGAACCAUCACCAUUUUAUGAUGGAGCUACGCUUGUUCGUGGGUUCCAUCCAAUCAUGGCUGUCAAAACUUCACGUCUUGAAAAGAGUGAAGAAUUAGAAAACGAAAAAAAAUUUAUUGAAUAUUUCGAUGAUUGUCCUUACAUCAUUAAGUGCUAUGGUCAUGAUACUACUCUUAAGAGUAUUAAUGGUAAGGAGGAAGUGCAUUACAAUGUAUUCUUGGAAUACGCUAUUGGGGGGACACUGUUUGAUUUCAUCUUAGCUUCUCCCCUUUACAACGAAUCUAAACAAGUCAAACAGUUUCUUCAACAAAUUUUGAGAGGUGUUGAUUAUAUUCAUGAGAAGGGGUUUGUACACUGUGAUCUAAAACCUCAGAACGUAUUAUUAGUCAAAGAGAUAAGAGAAGAAUAUUAUUUCUUUGUGGCUAAAAUUUCUGAUUUUGGAUUGGCAAAGAUGGUUGACAACUCGACAACUCGGGUUAGAGGUACUAAAGCAUAUUUAGCUCCAGAGUGUCGAGGUGAAGACGGAGUACAAGGACAGUAUUCGGACAUUUGGGCAAUUGGUGUCAUGGUUUUAUUCAUGUUAACUAAAAACCUAAAUUGGAACAAUAAUCUAUACUACAAUAUUUCCAACGAAGCUAUUGAUUUUAUAUUGAAAUGCACCAAUCUUAAUCCUUCCAAGAGACCAUCAGCAAGGAUGCUUCUGAAUCACCCCUUUAUAACAAAUAUGUAAAGAAGAGAAUAUAAUUUUUUUUAAAGGGAUUUUAUGUUUUUUAAUUUUGAAUAAUUGUUUUUAUUAUGAUUUCUUUUUUUUUU